GGGCGGAGUUGUAUAUGGUGAUGUCUUUGGAGUGUUUGUGAAGAGGGAAGUGAGAUGAUAAAACAGCAUGGGUGUAGAUUGCUAGAUGAAUCAAAGCACAUCUCAUCUUGACACAAGUUGUGCAUUGGUUGCUCAAGACCAUUGUAUUUCAUCAUGGUACACAAUGGUGUUAUUAUUGUGCAUGUUGGCGCCGGCUACCACUGUCAGAGCAAGGUGGCCGAGUACCGGAAGGCGUGCUCGGACGCGCUGCUCAAGGCGGCACAGCUGCUGCGUACCGGUAUGGAGGCGGCGACCGUGGCGGCCGAGGCCAUGGCCCUGCUGGAGGCGGCCAGCUGCACCAACGCCGGCCGCGGCGCCAACCUGACGCUGGACGGCACGGUUGAGUGCGACGCCGGGCUGAUGGCCGACCGCGGCCGCGGCGCGCGCUUUGCCGCCGUGGGCGCCGCGCCGCGCCUCGCGCACCCCGUGCGGGUGGCGCUGCGUAUGCUCCAGGUGCAGGAGCAGGGCCUCUCGUUGGGACGAGAGCCCCCCAAUCUGCUGGUGGGUGAGGCGGUCGUGCGCUGGGCCGAGGCGCAGGGCCUGUCGACCACACCCGGUGGCCAGCUGGUCACCGCCGAGGCGCAGCGCCGCUUCGACAAGUACAAACGCUCGCUGGACGAGGCGGAGCGCGGCCAGGGCGGCCCCUGUAAGAAGGCUCGGCGUGAGCCGGAGGAGGCGGACAGCGAGCUGCGCGACACGGUCGGCGCCGUAGUGAUCGACUGCGCCGGGCACAUGGCGGCCGCCUCCUCCAGCGGCGGCAUCAUGCUCAAGCACCCCGGUCGUGUUGGACAGGCGGCGCUGUUCGGCUGCGGAUGCUGGGUGGAUGCGGCCGCUACCACCGGCCGCUACGGCGUCGGCGUCACCACCUCGGGCACGGGCGAGCAGCUGGUGAUGAGCUGUCUAGCGCGCCGCGUCGCCGCCGAGAUCAGCCGCUCCGAGCACGCCAUACAGGGACUGCAGCUCGGCCUCAAGCGGGGCUUCCUCGGCUCGCACUACAUCCCGCCGGGUUGUCAGCGUCUGGCGGGGGCGGCGGCGCUGCGGCACGACCCGGCGCUUGGCGCCGUCGACGUCGCCUGGGGCCACUGCACUGCGAGCUUCGUGCUCGGUUACAUGAGCGCUGACGCCGAGAGUCCGCAGACGCUGUGUUCGCGGCUGCCGCCGGAAGGCACAGCUGGUGUCACGGUACUCUCUCAGGCCGUCUCGCUUCGGUUCGCGCCGUGUGACGAGCACGCCGAGCCGGCGCCGCCGGCGGCCGCCCUCUGACGACGCCCGGCGCCGGCUGCGCACCCGUACAAAGCCUGCGGCCACCUGACAUCCUCUAUGCAGCGGCGGCGGCCGGUCCACGCGCGCGGACGCUGUGGCGCCGCUACAGUGCCAGACUUUGUGGUGGCGGCAUACCGCUGAGGCCGUUCAGAGCGCGGCGGCUGAACCCAGCAGCCGACCCCAGCCGGCUGGUCAGUGCGGCGCAUCAGUCCGCUGUGGGAGCGGGAGCUGGCCUGAUCCCGCAGCGGGGCAAGAGAGUAGGCGACAGAGUCCUCGGUAGGGACGGAUAAUACCUCAGAGUCGCGACGUAGGGCGAGGUGCAGAACCUGGCGCGCAUCCCGAUUGUUUUUGGUCCGUCCGAUCAUAGCCACCGAGACAGUUGGUUUUCUUCCCUGCAGGUCGUGAAGGUCGUGGCAUUUUGUGUCGGAUUGUCGGUUUUAUGUCGCGAUUCGUGCUCUUGUCAACAUGCUCGCGUGUGCAAGUCACGCCGUGUGCCUGGGGUGGCUUACUGACGAGCUACUGUGUUGUGCGCGCACACGAGGCGCCGUGAUUCAUAUCGCUGCAGCUUGCUUUCAUUUCGUUCGUUGGUUCGUGCGGGGACUGGCCGCGUUUCGGGUGCACGAAUGUCCGCCAGAGCUUACGCCACAGACGGCGGACGGGCCGCCACCGAUCCAAUACAGUCACCACUGCCUAAC